AUGAGUAAUGUGAUGGUGAAGCGCCGAUCGCCAGGUGAAUUGCUCGUUGGCUUCAUCAUGAGCAGUCACCAGCAGAAGGGUCGCGGCCAGGAGCAGGAUAGCUCCGAGAAUGUCAACUCUGGGAUAGUCAUCCCGGCGCGUCUCAGUCUUCAGGAUGCGGCCACGCUGGGUGUCGUCGUAAUCACCAUCGGGCAAUCGCUUUAUCAGAGCCUACGGCUGGCUCUUCCUCCAUCCUCUCCUCCAUCUUCUCCCCCAUACCAACCUCUCCACCACAACACAUCCUCAUAUAUGGGGUUCGACCGCGGUCGGCAUCGUGGCGAUCCAAUUCGCCAAGCUCUCCGACUACACGGUGGUCACGACCUGCUAACUGCCCCAGCAUGA